UUUUAAAUCAUCUAUUUAACAAAAAAUGUGCUAGCUUUUUAAGAGCCAAAUUCAGUUUGUUUUUCUGCCAAACGGAGCUUUUCCUAUUGGGAUUUAUCGACGGUGGCCAAACUGCAACAAUACCAGCGGCAAAACGGAUAGCUGCCAGAGAUAUAGCCAAAACGUGUGCCAUGAAGGAGAAAAGCAAAAAUGCGGCACGCACCCGACGUGAAAAGGAAAAUACGGAAUUCUGUGAAUUGGCCAAAUUACUGCCGCUACCAGCGGCGAUUACUUCACAACUGGACAAGGCCUCCGUCAUCCGGCUGACCACAUCGUAUUUGAAAAUGCGACAAGUCUUUCCCGAUGGACUUGGUGAAGCCUGGGGCUCCUCGCCAGCCAUGCAACGUGGUGCCACCAUCAAGGAGCUGGGCUCUCAUCUGCUGCAAACGCUGGACGGAUUCAUCUUCGUGGUGGCUCCGGAUGGCAAAAUCAUGUACAUCUCGGAAACGGCCUCCGUGCAUUUGGGCCUCAGUCAGGUCGAGCUGACUGGUAAUUCGAUAUUUGAGUACAUACACAACUACGAUCAGGACGAGAUGAAUGCCAUUUUGUCGCUGCAUCCGCACAUAAACCAGCAUCCAGCCGCCUUUCUCAACUCCCUACAGCUCGCCCAGACGCACACGCCUAUUGGCAGUCCAAAUGGCGUCCAGCAUCCAUCUGCCUACGACCACGAUCGCGGAUCGCACACCAUCGAGAUCGAGAAGACCUUCUUCCUGCGCAUGAAGUGUGUCCUAGCCAAAAGGAAUGCCGGCUUAACGACCUCUGGUUUUAAGGUAAUACACUGCUCCGGCUAUCUCAAGGCUCGCAUCUAUCCCGAUCGUGGAGAUGGACAGGGCAGCCUCAUCCAGAACCUCGGCCUGGUGGCCGUUGGUCACUCGCUGCCUUCAUCUGCCAUUACAGAGAUCAAGCUGCACCAGAAUAUGUUCAUGUUCCGGGCCAAGCUGGACAUGAAGCUCAUCUUCUUCGAUGCACGCGUAUCGCAGCUAACCGGAUACGAGCCGCAGGACCUCAUCGAGAAGACCCUGUAUCAGUACAUCCACGCCGCGGACGUAAUGGCCAUGCGCUGCUCCCAUCAAAUCCUGCUGUACAAAGGACAAGUGACCACGAAAUACUACCGCUUCCUGACCAAAGGCGGCGGCUGGGUGUGGGUGCAGUCGUAUGCCACCUUGGUGCACAAUUCGCGAUCCUCGCGAGAAGUGUUCAUCGUGAGCGUGAACUAUGUGCUGAGCGAACGAGAGGUGAAAGACUUGGUGCUGAACGAGAUUCAGACGGGCGUUGUGAAACGGGAGCCCAUAUCGCCAGCGGCUCAAGCAGCCCAAGCGGCGGCGGCAGCUCAAGCAGCUGCGGCGGCGGCACAAGCGGUCCAAGCUCAGGUGGUGGUAGUGCCGCAGCAGUCGGUGCCUCAAUGUGCCGGAGCAACAGGCCACCCGGUGGGUCCAGGGACGCCAGUUAGUCUGGCCCUAAGUGCCAGUCCCAAGUUGGAUCCCUAUUUCGAGCCGGAGAUGCCCUUGCAACCGCCCAAUGCCGUCACGCCCGUGCCCCCAACGAAUAACAGUAGCAGUAAUAACAAUAAUAAUAACAAUAAUGGCGUUUGGCAUCAUCAUCAGUUGCAGCAACAACAAUCCGGCAGCAUGGAUCACGAUAGCCUGAGUUACACACAGCUUUAUCCGCCCUUGAAUGACCUUGUCGUGAGCUCAAGUAGCAGUGUAGGCGGUGGCACAGCCUCAAGUGCCGGUGGUGGCUCCAGUGCCUCCGCCUCAUCCUCCGGUGUUUACUCCACGGAAAUGCAAUAUCCGGAUACGACCACUGGCAAUCUUUACUACAACAAUAACAAUCAUUAUUACUAUGACUAUGAUGCCACAGUGGAUGUGGCAACCUCGAUGAUACGUCCAUUCUCGGCCAAUUCGAAUAGUUGCUCUAGCAGUUCGGAAAGUGAAAGGCAGUUGUCCACCGGAAAUGCCUCGAUAGUUAAUGGAACUUCACCCUCACAAACGACCUACAGCGAUCUAAGUCACAAUUUCGAGCUGAGCUACUUUUCCGACAACAGUUCGCAGCAGCAACAGCAGCAGCAGCAACAGCAGCAGCAGCAACAUCUAAUGGAGCAGCAACAUCUGCAACAGCAGCAGCAGCAGCAGAGAUUGCAAACGCAACAGCAACAGCAACACCAGCAAUAUCACUAUGCCAUGCCACAUCAACAACAGCAGCAGCAGCAGCAGCCACACCAACAGCAGCAACAUCACAGAGUGGUUAGCGAUUUUGCUGAGAGUUUUAAGAGCGUAAAUGCAGCUGCUGCAGCGGCAGCUGUCGUGGCCACGCCCCAUUACGCCAGCGUUAUUGUGGAGCCGCAGCAUUAUAUACCCAACGAUUUUGUGCAUUAACAGCAACUCGAUGUUGUUGUUGUUGUUGUUGUUGUUUCUAAAACGUCGACUGCCCGCCCAUCCGCCGGAUUGAAGUUGUUGCAAUGUUAUUAUACCUACACCUCUGAUUUCUCAGUUCAAAAUUGUAAUAUGUGGCAGAGCCAAAAAGUAUCUGAAUUUCUAACGCCCCCCUCUAUUCUGUUUUAUUUAUUAAAUAUCUUAACAUCCCCCCAAAAUUAUGUUCAGUGUAAAGAUAAAACGCGUAAAAAUUAAAAAUCAAAUACAGAAAAAUCCUUGUUAACAAAUUGCAAAAGCAAAUACAAAUUCUAUAAUAAAUAGUCUGUAAGGCCUAACUGUAAAAUGUUCAUACAAACUAACUUAAAUUAAUUGCACAUACUUAUACUUAAUAACUAUAUCAUAAAUGUGCAUACAUUUGGCCCAAAAACCCAUAAUCAUAAAUACACACGAUCCACGAAUAUAUCUAUCGGAUAUGUAUAUAAUUAUGCUGUAAUGUGUAAAUAGUGCAGGGUCUCCGCUCCACUAUGCAGAUAUUCUGGUAUAUAUGAUCUUCAUAAGUCAAGUAAAUAAUUGUAAAUGUAAUAUUAACUAUUAUCGCAAAUUUUUCUAAUUUGAAUAAACAAAUUAUUAUGUGGGUGAACAAUAAAUCUAAUGAGUUUAAUUGUUUGAGUUUGCCGUAUUUAAAAGCCAGGAUGCUAAAGCUUAGAGUUUUGUAUUUAAUUUAGUUAUUUUAGUUUACAAAUAAAAUGUUAUUUACAAAAAUUA